AUGGCGGACCUGGAGGCCCUGCGGGCCCAGUUUAUGGCCCUUCAGGCCGCCCCGCCGCAGCAGCGAAUCAGCGAAAGCACUUGUGUAGAUCUGCUGCAGCUGCUGCUGCAGCAGCAGCUGCUGCGGCUGCUGCCCAGCAGCAGCGGCAAAGAGUUCAUCACCCCGGAGCGCCUCGAGCACGAGCUCAGACUUCUCAUUGCCCAAAAGGUAAACUCUUUCCAAGGGUUUAGGGUUUAG